ACAUGAAGAUUCUAGUCCUACUGUUAACCAUGGCUGCUGCUGCUGUUGUCGCUGGUCAAAAUGCCAUUGACAUAAUCUCAACUAUUAAUGUGGAUGAAGUGCUCGCCUCUGAUCGUCUUACUAAAAACUACUUCGACUGUUUUAUGGACAAGAAACCGUGCACGAGAGAAGGAACCGAAAUAAAAGUUCGGAUAGGUCCAUACGUUGAAAAAUUGUGCAGCGAAAAUUGCUCAGGGGCGAAUGCUAAAUUUGUAAAAGUAUACCGUUACUUACAAAAGAAUAAAGAGGCAAUACUUAAAGAACUGAUUGAGAAGUACGAUCCAAACAACGAAUUCUUCAAUAAAUGUGGAGAGCAAUUGAUGAAGGAAUGA